CGUCAUUUUUAAUCGCCGAAGAAAAGCUCUAAUCGUCGGUCGAGGCUGACUGUAAAUACGAAGAUAUUUUGGUUUACUGUGUAUUAUAAAGUAUGCCUAAAGUGAAAAGGAGUCGAAAACCACCGCCAGAUGGAUGGGAGCUUAUUGAGCCUACUUUAGAUGAGUUGGAUCAGAAAAUGAGAGAAGCUGAGACGGACCCACACGAAGGUAAACGGAAGGUGGAGGCGCUUUGGCCGAUCUUCAGACUCCAUCAUCAGCGAAGCCGUUACAUCUACGACCUUUUCUACAAAAGAAAAGCUAUUAGCAGAGAGCUUUAUGACUACUGUAUUAAAGAAGGUUAUGCUGAUAAAAACCUGAUUGCAAAGUGGAAGAAACAGGGCUAUGAGAACCUCUGCUGUCUGCGCUGCAUCCAAACAAGAGACACCAACUUUGGAACCAACUGCAUUUGUCGCGUUCCCAAGAGCAAACUGGAAGUUGGAAGGAUCAUUGAAUGCACUCAUUGUGGUUGCAGAGGAUGUUCUGGUUAAAUAAUUUGUUGCUUUCCAUCACACAAGAACAUUACUGAUCACAUCAAAGUAAAUGGGGACUUUUUUGGGGCCAUUUGUCAUUUCAUUCAUGAUUUUAUGUGAUAGGUUGUUAACACCACCUUAACCUUAUUGAAGACACUUAUGUCUGGAUGCUGUCAUUCCAGUUUGGAAUAUUCACAUGCAUACCUUGCAAUGUUAAUGUUUUUUCUGACCUUUUAUUUUAUUUUUCCAAGGUUUUUAAUAAACCAACUUUGUUUUAUCCAGUACAUCUUUUUGCUUCUUUUUUUCUUUUUGAAAUAAGAGGCCCAUAGACUUUGACAGAUCAGAUUUAAGACUAAAAUUAGAGCAAAUCCUAGGAGAUAGAUAUUCAGCAUUCAUUCAUAGAAGAUAUUCAGCAAAUUGUUGGUACCAAGAAUCAGUCACGUGAGCCAGCACAGAGCUUUGCAUAGGUGUCACACUUGUCACGUUGGGCCAGAAAAGGCAAGGACCUUUCUUUCAUCCUGCUGCACCUCCAAGGUGACUUGGAUGUUUUCACAGAUGAGAUAUAUUAGUCAUAGCAUUUCAACAUGUCUAGCUGUGUUCAGUGCUGUUAUAAGGUUUGCUUUUGCCAUACACUGUCAACUGUUUUAAUUGAUUAGAAAAUUACAAGACAUUAUUUGAAAUAAUUUAAUCAAAAAACAGAUCUUAAAAUGUUACAUUAAAUGUGAAGACCAUUUUAACACAGUUUAAAUUAAAAUACAAUGAUGCCUCUUAUUAUAAGACAAAUAUUACACAAUACAUGAACUGGCAUGAAACAGAAAUAUAAAAACACAGACUUGUUUAAACACUCUGGUAUGGCUUAUUUGGAUUACAAUCACCUUUUUGCAUUAGGCUAUAAAUAAAAUUCAGUGCAAAAAAGAACAAAAAGAUGUCACACAAGUAUUAACAUGUUAAUAAAGAG